UCAAUAACAGUUGCCUGUCAAAAAUUUUUCACAACAAAGUAGAACCCGUUCGUUAUCGAAAAUUAGCUCGUGUAGUUUUCCGUAAUUUCCUUGUUUUCCGGCCAGAUUUUCACCGUUUUCCGCUUGGUCCGGGCGCGUUUGUGUUCCUCGUCUGCUGUUGUUGUGUCGUCCCCAGGAAACUUGCUAUCCUGGUGCUAGGAAGGAUCCGAAGAAAAAACCAUUGGCACUUUCGCUGCUGAACGAUUUCAGCUUUGUUCCUUGGAAAAGGAAAUCUUGUCCGUCUGCUGCCGCUGCUACUGCUAGUCAGUUGCAAAUUCCACACAUUAAAAAUGAACAUCAAAAUGCCAGAUUUCGACGUUAAAAAGUUCGUCAAGGAUGCCGGAUCGACGCUGUCCCGGGUGGUUCAGCUCACCGAGGAAAAACUUGGCACUUCAGAACGCACCGAGAUGGACGGUCACUUUGAAAAUCUGAACGAACGAUCGGACUGCACCAAAAUUUGGACUGAAAAAAUAGUUCGGGACACCGAAGCGGCCCUCAUUCCGAAUCCGGCCAACCGGGUAGAAGAUUUCAUAUUCGAAAAAAUCGAAAAACAACGACCCAAACGACUCAGCAACCUGGAGUAUCUGGGACUGGAUAUGAUCGAGGGUGGGGGCGAAUUCGGACAGGAUGGCGCCUAUGGCAGUGCUUUGAUUAAGGUUGGCCAAGCCGAACAGAGGCUUGGGUCCUGUGAGCGUGAUUUUAUCGGUGCCGUUGGGUUGUGUUUCAUUCAGCCGCUCAAAAAGUUUCUUGAGGGUGAAAUGAAAACCAUCACUAAAGAGAAGGGCAUUUUGGAAAGCAAAAGAUUGGAUUUGGACGCCUGUAAAAAUCGAGUAAGAAAAGCUAGAAGCAUGCUUGGACAACAAACGAAGGACGGAAUUUCGCCGGAAGCAGCUCUCGAGCAGGCGGAACGAGACCUUCGAGUGGCACAAUCAGAAUUCGAUCGUCAGUCGGAAAUCACCAAAUUGUUGCUCGAAGGAAUUAGCACCACUCAGGCUACACAUUUGCGACAUCUACAUGCCAUGGUCGAGGCUCAGGUUCGAUACUAUGGUCAGUGUAACAAAAUUAUGAGUGAUCUGCAGCGAGAACUGGCCAGAGACCCUAAAAUCGCCAGUGCUCGACCCACAACGCCCCGACUGCGCGUCAACAGUGAGGACAUCGACCUCAACAGUGGACCUCCCUAUCUGAGCCCCUCGCAACAUGCCCUCGGUGGUGGCCAGCAGCAGACGAUAACGCAACAUCCGGCGGAAAGGGCGGCUCGCGGGGUGGACCCAUCGGUUCCCCGGAAACCGGUGGUCCCCCCGUCGGCCUAUGCCAUUGCUAGUGAUCGCGUUAUCGCCGAACUGGUGGCCAACAGCGAUCCCAAUGAUAUUUCGGUGCUUUAAUCCAAACGGUUGCUCUCUCUCUCUAUCUCUAAUCAUUCUCCGCUAUCAUAGGCUUACUUACCUACCUAGAUUUAUCCCAUUGCCUACUAACUUGUAUACUUAUUGAACUUCCAAUUAACCAGCGACAAGAACUAAUCGAAAAUUAUGAGCUUUCAAAGUAACUUUCCGUGAUUGGCUAUCGAAUUUUUUUGUAAUGUGUUCUAUCUAGUCGCAUAAAAUAAGUUUUUUAAAUGUUAGGAGUACUUAGAGUACAAUUGUGUAUUGUUCUAUUGAUUGUCCGUAUAAUACUUUUUAUAUUGUAUUAAACAUACAUAUUAGACAAUUGCUUAAAAAGGUAGAUAGGUAAAUGUUGUAAGUAUUUAAAUUUACAUAGAGCAAAGAGUUGAAUGUAGGAAUCAACUUGGGCUUGAAAGUCAUACCCAAGUCAGCCCGUCGUAACAAUUGGUUCGUUAAAUAUUUAAGUUUCGAGCACUCGGAGUUUGGGAAGCAACCAGAAUUCUUCCAUCAAUUACCAUCAAGAUUUAGUUUAAAAAUCUACUUUAUUUUACGGAAUCGCCGAUUCGCUAAAUUCUUAACCAUCAUGCUAUGUUCUAUAUUUAUUUUUUCUUUAUUUCAGUUCAAAAUAUAUAUUUUUAAGUUUGCUUUUAUUUAAUGUUCAACUAAGCUACCCUUUUUAAAAAUAUUUUUUUUAUUUAAAAUAACACUUUUUAUAUUUACAUGAAUGCAAAUUAUCUCAUAAAAAUUGAACGUUCAUAACCAUGAAAUGAUAUUUUGAAAUAAACUUUAUUUUAUUCAUUUGAUAUUAUCAAAUUCCCACAAAGUUGAAGAACUGCACAAUUACUAAAUAUAAUUUUUUUUAAAAACGCGCUUUGAAAGAAAAAAAAAAAAACAGGUUCAGAUGAGUUUCUUAUGGUAGGUACUGCACCGAUCAACUGAAAAGAUUUUUUACAGACCUAACAAAAUAAGUUAUUAAGUGGUUGAUCCGAAAUACAGUCUUUCCUAUCCACAAAAGGCUUAUCCACACGAGUUCGUUACCUGAGAAGUCUACAACGAGUGAACUUCGGUAUUACUGUGCUGCUGAGAGUGAGAGGGAGAUUCCAUUCAAGCGCCUCUCUGCAAAUCUCGUUCUCAUCUCUUCGCAGUGUGUGCCCGAUCCAUCUCCAUUUACGUUCCCGAAGCCCGAUUUCUAGCGGCCUUCGAUGACACCGGAGAUGUAGUUCCUCAUUUGAAAUCCAUUAGCCAGGCCACCAAGCGCGGAUGACACUCUGUAGGUAGCUAUUUACAAAUACUUGCAGUUGUCGCGUCGUCUCCGCAUUAUCUGGCAACCAAGAUAGUAGAAGCACUCCACUUUCUCAGAUUGUUGCUCAGCUACCAAGGAAUUGGAAGAAUUUUUUGUGUUGAUUUCCAAAGACUUGAGCUUUCCGACAUUGAUUUAGAGACCUACUGCCUUGGAGCUUUCGGUGAGGUCGUCGAGUUUGCUCUGCAUGUCUUAUUGUAUUUGGGCGGGCAAAACAAUAUAAUCUUUUAUUAGUUGAUCACCCAGGUGGUUUUUUUUUUUAAAUAAGUCUUUAUUAGCCUUUUAAUCAUUACAUUCAAGUUAUAUUAUUACAGUAUAUUAAGUGUUCAGAUCAAUUAUGAUCAGUUCAACUCUUUAAUUUAGUAAAUAUUAAACAUUGUUUAUUUGAUUUAAAUUUGCUAUAGCAAUAAAUUAUUUGAUUUAUAGGAGAAUAUCCUGUAUAGAAAAAAAAAAUAUUUAUACAUAAACUUAAGCCUAAACUAUAUCCUAAAAACUAACUUAAUUGUAAAGAGAACGAAUCUCUGCGAUAGAAGACUGCAUCGAUUUGCCUCUGAAGUUGGAGAUGAUUUUGUUGGCCAUCUCUUCGAUAGACUCCAUGCCCGCAAUCCGAUGAAGAUCUUCGGUGCUGUGCCAAGGUGGAAGCCGCAAAAUCAUUUUCAGAACCUUGUUCUGAAUCCUCUGGAUGGCUUUCUUCCUCGUCGCGCAGCAGCUAGACCAAAUCGGAACUGCAUACAUUAUCGCUGGUCGGAAUACCUGUUUGUAGAUAAGAAUCUUAUUUCGCAGACACAACUUCGAUUUCCUGUUGAUGAGAGAUCACCCAGGUGGUAAAUUCUUUUUACGGAUUGCAAUCCAAGGCACGGCACUCUGGGUCCAUGGGUGCAAUUGGACGACUCAUGAUACAAUGCUAAGGAACACUGUACCCCCUACGCCAUAAUGUCCACCUGGGGCCACUGACCUUUGUUCCCACCUCGAACUGUUUGACACACUUUGCUUCAAUAGUGAGAGGUCAAUUCGCGCUAGUGCGCUCCAAGGCAAUACUUGUUUCCGAAUCCUCUGUCAGCAAAUACCUCAUUCUAACACAACCCCUCCUCUGACGAGUUAGGACCCGACAUUUCAUCGUGUGAAUGAGGUCCCCAUGUAGCGCAACUACAAGCUUUGUGGAUCUAGUCUAGGAAGUCCAGAAACACAAAGCGAGUUGUCGACGACACUUUCUCUGUUCAAACACGCGGGUCAGGGGGGUAAGCCCCCUAAGCCACGUGUAGGACUCAGACUCCUCCGAACUCACAAGUAGUGUUGACUUAAGUCACCACUCAGCGCAACUACUCAAUCUUCAAGUCGAGUGCUUUACUCCCCGAAGCGCAGAUCGAGCUAUAGACCGCCCUCAUCAGGUCACACUCGCGGUUCAGGCGCAUCAAUUCCCGAAACGCGUGUCGAACCCUGACACCUCCGGCAAACUGUGCCUCUCAGACACUGGCGUGUAAAACACGUCCCUAAGUGAUCGGCCCACCAUUGACCACCACUUUGGGCAUCUACUCGUUUUGCGAGUCGGGUCUGCACUACGGGGAGGUGGAACUCGCAGAGCAGAGCAAAAAAUAUAAUCUGCCAGGUCAAGGUUGCAUAGCUGCUCCAUAUUCAAAUGAUUCCACGGCAAUCCUCGGUUUGAUCUACAGUCAAGACCUCAUCCAUUACAAUAAAAAAAACCAGCGGAAAUAAAAUACAUCCUUGUCUCACUCCAGCAGUUACCGGGAUAGGUUCGGACAAGACACCGUCGUGCAAGAGUUUGCAUGAAAAUGCCUCAUACUGUGCUUCGAUGAGAUGGACUAGUUUCUCUGGGACCCCUCGUCGUCUAAGAGCAGCCCAGAUGUUUUCGUGGUUCAGUCGGUCAUAUGCUUUUUCGAAAUCAACGAACACCAGCAGAAGAGAGUCCUGGAAUUCGUUGAUUUGUUCCAGUAUGAUUCGUAGCGUUGUGAUGUGGUCCACACAUGAUCGUCCGGAUCGGAAUCCAGCUUGUUGCCGUCGGAGUUGUAGCGUCGAUUUUCUCCUGGAUCCUGUUCAGGAUUACUUUGUAGAGUACUUUGAGGGUUGUACAGAUCAACGUUAUGCCUCGCCAGUUACCGCACUCUGUCAGGUCUCCUUUCUUCGGGACCUUUACGAGGAUACCCUGCAUCCAGUCGGCCGGGAAUGUUGCAGUAUCCCAGAUGUCAGCGAAAAGACGGUGCAACAUUUGUGCUGACAGGGCAGGGUUGGCUUUAAGCAUUUCAGCAGGGAUGCAAUCGAUCCCAGGUGCUUUGUUGGAUUUCAUGUUUUUGAAUGCCGCUUCUAUUUCAGCCAGCGAAGGCGCUUCCGAGUUGACUUUCUUGCUGCAAUAGUUAUGCUCCAAGUACCCUGCGUGAUAUAAAUAUGUUCACCAUGGAACCAAAAAGUGGCAGCAACGAACCUCUCCACUCCGCAAAAAUAUGCUUUUUACGUUAUAUACUGUCUUUGAUUUCAAAGUAUCCACUUCAAUUUUAAAACGGCGUAUUGAAUCUAACUUAAGUGAUCAAAUAAAAUAAAGAAUAUCUUUCAGGCUAUGUAAAACUUAUAUUAAGUAGAUCAUUAAGACACCUACCUAUGUCAGAAUAUUUAUUGAAUGAGGGUUUUAUUUUUUUUAUUUUUUAAUGCACAUCUUUUUAAGUUUAUGUUUGAGAUAAUACGAAGUCGAUUUGAAACAGUUAAGAAAGUUUAGUUUCAGUUGCUUCCCAAAUAUCCCCCAGCCGUUGCGCGUCAAUUCGCGAAACGUGUCCUCCUUUGACGAGCUUACAAUUGGCACUCGUGUACUUUCAAUGAAAGCAAUACCCAACCGUUGCCCAUCAAUUGCCUUUAUC